GAAACUCUUAAUACCCAAAUGUUAUGACCUACAUAAACACAGCCUGCCACUCCUUGUUUUCCAAAUCCCUUAUCACAACAAACCGUCAUACCACCCACAUCCUCAAAAUGUCAUCGACACCACAAUCAUCCACCUCCUCGGCCAUAACCCCGCGCCGCAAGCGCAUCAUCAUCGCCCUCACCGGCGCAACAGGCACCAUCCUAGGCAUCCAAGCGCUCAUCGCGCUGCGCGCCCUCAACGUCGAAACCCACCUGAUCAUCAGCAAAUGGGCAGAGAACACGCUCAAGUACGAGACCGACUACACGGUGGCUAACGUGCGCGCGCUGGCGGACUACAGCUACAGCAAUCACGACCUGGCGGCGCCCAUCGCCAGUGGGUCUUUCCGCGUCGAAGGCAUGAUCGUCGUGCCCUGCAGCAUGAAGACGCUAGCGGCCAUCAACGUCGGGUACGGCGAGGAUCUGAUCGCCCGCGCCGCGGACGUCAUGCUCAAGGAGCGCCACCGCCUGGUACUGGUCACCCGCGAGUGUCCGCUCAGCAGCGUGCAUCUGGAGAAUAUGCUCAGCGUGACGCGGCAUGGGGCCGUCAUCUUCCCGCCCGUGCCGGCGUUCUACACCAAGCCGGCAGGCUUGGCGGACGUCGUGGAGCAUAUUGUUGGGCGAGUUCUGGAUUUGUUUGGGUUGGAAAUGGAAGGGAUUCCGCGGUGGGAGGGAUUUGUUAAGGAUUGAUGGGGCGAUGAUGGGAGAGCGGGUUUGGGGUUUAUAGAUUGGUUUGGUUGCUUUGGGU